GACAGGCCACUGUUGUACCUACGUACUAAUGCGAAGAGAGUAGCAUGGACCUGUUCCAGUCGCUUUCAUUCUGUUGCGUACAGUUCAAUCGAAAGGAUGUUUAAAGUGAUUUUCUGUGUAUUUAUGUCAGCUGUUGUAUUCUGCUCACCACAGCAGCAGUUGAAAUGCUCAGCCGCGUCAAAGUAUUUCAUUCCAAAUUUUACUGCAAAUUGGUUCAAAGCGUACGAGUACUGUAACUACUUAGGCAUGCGGCUGGUCAUUGUGGAGAAUGCCAUCGAUCAGGCAAAUCUGGUGGAGAAAAUUGUAUCGACGGAUAAGUUCAGCAACGCCACAACCGAAAUGUGGAUCGGGGCAAAUGAUUUGGCGCAGGAAUCGUUCUUCCAUUGGCACGCCACUGGUCGUCGAGUGCAGUACAGCAAUUGGAAGCAAAACCAGCCAGAUAAUGCCAAGGGAGUCGAGCACUGUGUGGAGAUAAGGUUUAUACCGGAACAUGGCUGGAAUUGGCACUGGAAUGACAGAGAAUGUAAAACGAUGAGGUAUUUCGUUUGCGAGAAUCUAGAAAUAGGAAAGGAGAUUGUACUAUUCUAAGUAUAGAUAUUGAUAAGCUUUUGAUCAGAUAUAUCAGGUGAUUAACCCUAGUAAGAUGUUGGAGUCAAUAUGAUCCAGACAAGCUCGCUGAACGUAUACUACGCCAUCGGGGUGCGCCUAGCCUAACAUCUUAGGAGGUUUAAAGGAAUUUGUCAAGGUCUUUUGAAAGGCAUUUAAUUUUUUGAAGAUAGUUCACAUUGCAGAAAAAAACAUACAUGAAUAUAGUCUUAGCUAUAACUAACUAAUUCUGUUAGGUUUUAAUCAUCGUCCAUUUGUAUAUACGUUGUUUAAAUAAAAAGAAAAUCGCGUUAA